AUGGCCACCUCUGCCCCAGCCCCAGCCCCCGCCCCCGAAAGCGCUGCACCUCCCCACAUCAUCGCAGCCCCGGCUGGAGUCGAAGCCUCGAAGCGGUUGGCAGCGUACAAGGCGGUCGAGGACCACUUCGAUCCUUCUUACCACUACAUUGGAAUCGGGUCCGGGAGCACAGUUGUCUACGUAGUCGAAGCGAUAGCUGCCAAAGGACGAGAUGUUACGUCGCACAUGGUUUUCGUGCCUACUGGGCAACAGAGCAAGCAGUUGAUCAUCGAGGCAGGCCUUCAGCUAGGAAGCAUCGAUGCUUUACCCCCAGUUAAAGUCGCCGAGUCGGAGUUGAGCGGUCUCUCAGCACUCCACGUUGCUACCGGUGUGCAAGACUUGGGUUUAAAAGGCAAACAGCAAAGUCUAGAUGUUGCCUUCGAUGGAGCUGAUGAGAUUGACGAGGACUUGAAUUGUAUCAAGGGCGGCGGAGCUUGUUUGUUCCAAGAGAAGUUGGUGACCACUACAGCCAAAAAGUUCGUUUGCGUUGCAGAUUACCGAAAACUCUCUUCUCGACUUCUUACGAAUUGGAAAACGAUUCCCAUCGAGAUCUCCCCGCUAGCUGCUCCUACGAUCAAGCGAAUUCUUAUCACCCUUGGCUCUCCCGACCCAAGGAUCAGACAGGGCGGAAGCGCAAAGGCUGGACCGGUAGUAACAGAUAACGGCAUGUGGAUCAUAGAUGCACCUUUCCCUAAGGUGCUUCUUCCCUCCGACUUGACCGGCCAGGAUAAAGGCGACGGCGAGAAUGGCACGUGGGAGGUCCAUAACCUGGCCCUGAGAUUGAAGAGAAUCGUGGGAGUUCUAGAGGUCGGCCUGUUCCACGGCAGAAAUGGCAUUCAAGUUGCCAGCGCAGGCGAAGAAGGCGGUGGUCAGAAGCCUGUUGCGGCAUACUUUGGCAUGGAGGAUGGAACCGUGUCUAUCAGAAACUCGAAAGAGAUCACUGCUAUGAAGUCACGACCGUGA